AUGUUCAGACUUGUUAGAAGACUUGGUCCAUUGAAACCAACAACACUUUUGAAGUCUAGGUUUUAUUCGGGAGCCCAACCUAAACCUCCUAACACUGACAUCUUAAUCAAAUCAUUAAUUUUCACUGCUGGUUCUAUUGUUGGUGGUUAUUUAUAUCUGAGUGAGGUACAACAAUCCACUAAAUCAACUUUACCAAUUGACCAAGUUACUUCUCCAGAGUAUGCCAAUAAAGAACAGUUAGCCCAAGCAAUUGAAGCAGUAAAGAAAGUUUUCCGUAAGAAUACCCCAGAUUAUGACGAAAGUCUCAUCAUCAACAGUUCUCAAGAAGAUAAAGAUUCCCAUUCAGAUACUUACUUCAAUUCUUAUCAUCCUGAACCCAAUGAAGAACCUCAAUAUGUCAUUUACCCUCGUCUGACGGAAGAAGUCAGUGAAGUGUUGAAAAUUUGUAAUAAGUAUAAAGUUCCCGUGGUUCCAAUAACAGGAAAAUCUUCACUUGAAGGUCAUUUCAUCAAUACAAGACGUGGUGUUUGUAUCGAUAUUUCAUUAAUGGAUGAAGUAAUUGAAUUAAAUCAACAAGAUUUGGAUAUUAAGGUUCAAGCUGGUUUGGGUUGGGAAACUUUAGCCGAUUAUUUGAGUGAGUAUAAUCUUCUUUUCCCUAUUGACCCCGGUCCAGGAGCUUCCAUUGGAGGUAUCUGUGCUAAUAAUGCAUCCGGAACUAAUGCUUCCAGAUACGGGGAAUGUUAUAAGAAUGUUCUUAGUUUGACUGUGGUUUUAGCUGACGGUACUAUCAUCAAAACCAAGAACAGACCUAGAAAAUCAAGUGCUGGUUAUAAUUUGAAUAGUUUGUUUAUUGGAAGUGAAGGUACUCUUGGUAUUAUUACUGAAGCCACUUUGAAACUUUAUGUGAAACCUAAAAUUGAAAGAGUUGCUGUGGUACCUUUCAAAUCAAUUCAAGAUGCUGCAAAUUCUGUAAAUAGUUACUUAUUAAAUGGUAUGCAAUUAAAUGCCAUCGAAUUACUUGAUGAUAAAAUGAUGAGUUGUAUCAAUGCUUCAGGUGAAACUUCAAGAAAAUGGACAGAAGCUCCAACUUUGUUCUUAAAAAUAGGUGGGCUGAAUGAUAAAGUUGUCCAAUCAACUGUUGAUCAAGUGAAAACCUUGAGUUCCCAACAUAAUUCCAUUGACUUCCAAUUUGCAAGAAAUGAUGAGGAAACUGAAGAACUUUGGUCUGCACGUAAAGUCGCCCUAUGGUCUACCAUUAAUCAAGGAAGAGUUACUGAUCCGUCAAUAAAGUUAUGGACUACUGAUGCUGCUGUUCCUAUCUCCAAAUUACCACAAUUCCUCGAAGAGACUAAAGAAGAUAUAGCAAAUAAUGGAUUAGAAAAUACAUUAGUAGCUCAUAUUGGUGAUGGUAAUGCCCAUAGUUUCAUUCUUUAUAAACCUGAUCAGUAUAAGCUUGCGGAAAAAGUAGUUGAUAAUAUGGUCAGAAGAGCCAUUGCUUAUGAAGGUACCUGUACUGGGGAACAUGGUGUUGGGUUAGGUAAGAGACAAUUUUUACUCGAAGAAGUUGGUGGUGAUGCCGUUGAUUUGAUGAGAAACAUCAAAUUACAUUUGGAUCCUUCAAGAAUUUUAAACCCCGACAAGAUCUUUCAAAUUGAUCCAAAGGAGUCCAGAUCUCAUUAA